AUGCCGGCAGUAAAGAGAUAUGCAAAGGCAGAUAAGCCCAAGAGAUUGAGAAAGCGCAAGGCUAGAACUGAAGUCUCCGAUUCUUCAGACUCCUCGGAUUCCUCAUCAUCUUCAGAGUCGGAGAGCAGUGACUCGGAACCUGAACCCAAGAAGAAGACUGUUGUCAAGACCAAGGCAAAAGCCAAGGUAGUCCAAAGGUCACCAUCUCGGUCAUCCUCACCAGAAGAGGAUCAGACCAUCGCUCCUAGUGGACCACAAGUUGCGGAAUCAGAGGCCGAAGAUGCAUUCACCUCAUUCUACUUGCGCCAGAUGACGACCGAAUUUGCGGAAGACCUGGACAAGAUACGCUCAGCAGGUGACUUCAACGACAAAUCACUCGGUCUCUUGAUCUCGGCUCUCAAGCAGGGACGCGAAUGCUUCGACAGACACGACAGACUGGCUGUUGGGAAAGCCAUCGUCGCCGCUAAUCAGUGA